UUACUCUUUCAUGGAGGAUUGCCUGGAUUCCUAUAUUGUUGGAGCUUGCAUGCAUCUUUUAGAUUUGCCGGACAUUGAUGCAAUACCCAGCAGUUAUCAACCUCUCUUCGAUAUUCUUCCUGAAGAACAGCAAUUGAAUUACAUUGCCAAAAUUGCCAAAGAUAUUUUAGACAAAUACAUAAAGAUUACUGAUGAAGUCCUGUUCAUUUCAGAAAGAACUGCAGCAUUAGACACACAGACCAGACAAUUACAGGACAUGUAUGAUACCAGGCAACAGAAAUAUUUAUGUGAAGCAUGCACCAAGAAAUUCAAAACAAUUGGAGGCUUGCAAAGACAUCUAAGGAAAGAACAUGAUUGGGUUUUUUUGGAGGAAGUCACAAACAGUUCAUCCAAGAAGGAUCACAUUGCACUAUACCGGGCCUCGUUCAUGAAAUGUUCUCUGCUUUUGCGGGACACAAAUGACGCAUACAAGAUGGGUGACGGAGAGAGAAUUCUAAGAAAUUCAAAGUUCCAAAUGCUUUUAUCUCGCAUUGGCAACCAUGUUAAGUAUCAACUCUGGUUGUUUCGGUUUAUGGCAUACUGCUUUUCCUUACUGACACCAAGAAUGGCAUAUGAAUACAUUUGGAAUUGCACUGCAAACCUGCACAGUAAUUUAGGACACAAUAUACCAAAUGAUAACCUUGUAGAAUUGCUAGUGCAGGCAGUUAAGAAGAAAGUUCGUGCUCAGGGAGCUAAUGCCACCUAUGAAAGUGUUCGAUCUGCUGCUCUUGCAUUACAAAUCCAAGAAGAAAUCACAAAGAAUAUGCAAGAAGAAUGUAAGAAAGGGAGAGGAGGAACAAGAAGACCAGAACCAUCAAAAGUUAAUGAUAUCACUGCUAUGGUCAAGGAGCUGCAGUCUGCUGAAAUAUUUGACUACAUACCAGGGCGCGAGUUUAGUAAAUUUCCAGGAUUUUCUGAAGUCUUCUCUCGGGUCAAAGUUACAGACCUACAUAAAUGGUUAACAGACAAUAAAGAGAGACUUUCUUAUGAGACAUUGUAAUUUUUUGAAAAACUUUUCAAUUGAAAAGAAGAAUGCAAUUUCUUUUACUCCAAACAUACCAAAAAUUGGUUGAUAUGUUUUAUGAAAGCUGUAAACAUUUCACAAAACUUUAAAACUUGAUAUCAGUCAACUUUUUGACUUGAGACAUUUCCAAAGUUAUUUGCCAUUUUUCAUAUGACAAAGCUCACUUAAGUGUACUUAAUAAACAUAAAAGUAACCAAAUGAUUUUUUUUUAAAUUUUAAUUUCUUUUGUUUAUUGUGCAUAUAUGAUUUUAUUUCUUUUAGAAGGCUGGGUGGUCUUGGUCAUUUGCAGAAUAUUUUACCAGAAAUUUCUUUUAGAUAGAGAGCUUUGUAUUAAGAUGUAGCGAAUUAUUCAAAAGUUUAUGGCCAAAAAAAAUCCAUAUAAUCUUUAGGUAGAUCUGAUGGGCAAUUUGUUAACCACCCAGCCUCCUUAAGCAAACAGCACGCUGAAUGCCCAGUAACUACCGGUACAUGUAUAAGUUAUUUCUGUUUCUAGCGUCAAUGAAAAUAAUAUUUUGUUUGAUGUACUCUGUCAUAUCACCCCAAAAGAUAUGUUCAUGGACUAAGUAAAGGAUUUUUUUUUAUAUUCACAGUUCUUUCUAAAAAAAAAAAAAAAAAAAAAAGUUUUGCUGUUUUUCAAUUUUUAAUUUCAACUUUGUUAAUUUUUCUCUAUCCUUGAAGAUGAAAGGAUGCACGUUGUACAUUAAACAGAAAUAUUUGCAAGGGUGGCCUCUUGAUGCGUAUUUAGUGUGUCCCACAGGCUUAUAAAGAAUUUGAAGUACUACUACGUAACAUUCUGAAAGUGCGAAAUUACAAAAAAAAUGUACCAAUCUUUAUUAUCUAUAACUUACAAAUUAAAUACCUGGUAUUCAUAGCAAUAUUUAUUGGAAUUCUUGUCAUCAAUUUGAAAUAAGGUUUUUUUUCUGAUUAACCAAUUAAGGUACUUCACUACACCAAGACUUAUACUUUUUACGACACUACGUCACAAGAUGGCAAUUUAAAUGUUUUGAUAAACUGUAUAAAUCGAUUCAGAUGUAUAUCGUCAGAGCUCAGUGGUUAAAGUAUCAGGCUUGUGAACCGCAGAUCAUGAGUUCGAAUCUGCCUGGGGCUUUUGUUCAUGUUUACUAAAUGAAAUUUUUGAAAAUAUCAUUUUUAUCUAAAAUUACACAUUUUUUCGCCUAUUUGACAUAUAUAUUUCUU